GCAUGUUUACAUGUUUAGCUGACAGACUCGCUGCCGCUGACGGAGAAGCCAGACGAAAACAAGGAGCGCACGAGACAUCACAGACAGCGGGAAGCGUGUCUCAUUGUGUAGAAAGAUUGACUGAAGCUAUACCAUGCCGGUGGCCUCUACCAGGACAGAACCUGUGCCCCAGGUGUUGGACGCAAUGAGUGAUAGCACCACCAGCUCCACCACGGCCAAUGACCUGGACCUCAUCUACCUCAAAGGCAUCAUGGAAAGCCCUCUGGAGCAAGAGAAGGGCCUGAAGGAGCAGCGUCUGUCUCCAGUGAGGGAAAACAACAUGGAGCUUCUGCAGGAGAUCCUCAGAGACUUGGACCCCUUCACACACCGAUCCAACACUGCAGCUGAGCUCGCCCGCAUCCUCACACAGCCUCAUUUCCAGUCUUUACUAGAGACUCAUGAUUCAGUCGCAUCCCAGACAUGUGACAGCCCACCCCCCAGCCCAUGUGACUUUGUGGACCACGAGCCAGAGGAAGGCCACAAACCCAGCCUUCACCCGCCUCCUGACGCAAUCCGCAUGGUGGGCAUACGCAAAGUGGCGGGGGAGCAUCUGGGUGUGACAUUCAAGGUAGAGGGUGGUGAGCUGAUAAUUGCUCGCAUCCUCCACGGAGGGAUGAUAGAUCAGCAAGGACUGCUGCAUGUUGGAGAUAUCAUCAAAGAGGUGAAUGGACGAGAGGUGGGCCAGGACCCCAGGGUGCUGCAGGAGGAGCUGCAAGCAGCCUGUGGAAGUGUAGUUCUGAAGAUACUGCCCAGCUACCAUGAAGCCAUACCACCAAGACAGGUGUUCUUCAAGUGUCACUAUGACUACGACCCAGCCAAUGACAACCUGAUUCCAUGUAAGGAGGCAGCCUUAAGGUUUGAGACAGGAGACAUCCUGCAGAUAGUUAACCAGGAUGACGUCAACUGGUGGCAGGCCCGUCAUGUUGAAGGUGGCAGCGCAGGGCUGAUUCCCAGUCAGAUGCUUGAGGAGAAGAGGAAAGCAUUUGUCAAGAGAGAUGUGGAACUGACACCUGCAGGAAAUCUUUGUACUGGUGUUGGUGGGAAGAAGAAGAAGAAGAUGAUGUAUGUGACCACUAAAAAUGCAGAGUUCGACAGACAUGAGAUAUUGCUGUAUGAGGAGGUUGCCAAAGUCCCGCCUUUCAAAAGGAAAACUCUGAUUUUGAUUGGUGCCCAGGGUGUGGGGAGGCGGCGACUGAAGAACAAGCUGUUACUGAGGGAUCCGCUUCUCUUUGGAACCACUAUUCCAUACACGUCCAGAAAGCCCAAAAAGGGCGACCGUGAGAGUCGGAUGUACGCCUUUACCAGCCGCAGCAAGAUGGAAGCUGACAUCAAAAACGGGAACUAUCUUGAACACGGAGAAUACGACGGCAACCUGUACGGACUCAAGAUCGACUCCAUACAUGAGGUGGUGGAGGCUGGACGUGUCUGCAUACUGGACGCCAACCCUCAGUCUGUCAAAGUGCUGAGGACCUCUGAGUUCUUGCCCUAUGUGGUGUUCCUUCAGUCUCCAGACUUCGAAGUACUCAAGGCAAUGAACCAAUCAGCUGCAGAGGCAGGGGUGGUUGCUAAGACACUGACGGACGAGGAGCUGCAGAGGACGUGCGACGAGAGCGCAAAAAUUCAGGCAGCUUUCGGUCACUACUUCGACCUCAGCAUUAUCAACGACAACCUGGAUGAGACGUACCGCACCGUCAAGGCCGCCCUGGAAACAGUUUCUAAAAACCCCCAGUGGGUCCCCGUCACCUGGGUGUUCUAGUGAGGAGGAGGAAAAAUCAUGCAAGUCCUAAAUGUCAGAAAUUCAACAAAUUUUACCUGAACACAUCAUGGUGUGUGUGUGUGUGAGUUUCAUUCAAAGACUUGUAUGUUUUUAAAUUCAUUGUGCCAUUACUGAUAAUCAUCAGCAGACUUUGUCUUUGUUUACAUUUCAUGAUCAGACAGGUCAGUACUGAUGGUUGAUCUGCAAGCUGCGAGGACUAGUAAAGUUUACCAUAAAAACCUUAUUUAUUGAUUAUUUUUCAUUGAACUGACCAAAGGUUUUCCCUAAAAUGUUGCUCACAUAACACAUUGCUCAUAACUCACAAGUCACCAUACAGAUAUCUAAAACUAAUGACUUUGUCUGGCAGUUCAAAAACAACAACCAAAAGUCUUAUAACAACGUGAAAUGAAAUAGACAAGCAGUUUCUAUUAUUGUUAAUCUUUUUAUGAUUAUUUGAACACAUGCAGCACUUCAGUUGCUGUGUAAAGAACAAUGCAGAAGCCUCAGAGUUCCUCAUGCCAAAUUAGUUUUUAUUCCAGUAUGUUAUACUUGAUUACGUAUAAUCGAACACCAACCUCACACUCCAUCUGUUCUCUGUCUGCGUUUGUUUUCUUAACUUUGUGUUUAUUUAAUGUUGUUGCACGCAAACACAAUGUACAGAGACAGAAAUAGAUGGAGUAUUUAGCAGCUAAGGAGCUAGAAUUUUUUUUUUCUAAAAUUAAUUCCAGUGUUGCUACUCUGUGUCUGCUGGAUGUGUAGAAAGUCCACCAUAUGACAACUUCAUCUACGUAUGCUGAUGACACUAUUUUAUCUGUGUUAAACCAUCCACCUUUAUCCAACACCUCCCCAAAAGAGAAAAGGUUUGAAGGCAGUUGAGUUGACUUAAUGGUGCUCAUAAGUCUCUCAAAUACUCUGGUAUUGUCCCAUUAUCAAGCCAACAAACAAGUCCAUGAAUUUGCUAACUAAACAGUACUAAGCUUGUUAGCCAAGUGAGCUUUUUUUUCGUUCUUUUUCGUGGAAAAAAAAACAGAACAACAGAGGGAAAUAUGGAAGCUGAGGGAGCUGUUGUGACUGACUAGCGCUAGUCCAGAUAGCUAGUAUGACUUUAAGAAUAGGUCACCAAGCAACGGUACAAAUAUUGAUUUCGCUGCACCACUUAUGGGUGUGACCAGGUCUUUAUUAGUGGAUGCUGAAUCUCGUCGACCACAUAACGGUUUAGAAAUAGAAACUAGAAAGUUUGCUCUUAAUAAAAUAUUGGUGUCUGAGCAGUGUGCCAAUCACAGUAUCAACUAAACCCUUGAAUCAAACAACACAACUACCUAUUUGAUAUGGAACAGUUAACUCUGACAUGAUGUAGCAACUCCCAAUCUAAACACAAGAUCAGAUGCAUUAAAUAUAUCAGUUGAAAAAGGUCAUGAACACAGCCUGAGAUCUAAAAAACCCCAAGUGUGGUUCAGAAAGGGGGCUUUGCAAACCCCUCAACAAGUAACCCUAAACACAGAAAACAGAAGCUCUUUUACUACCACAUUGUAUUUCAUCUGAAUUUCCCACUCAUACAAUCUUUUCUAAUUUGCACUUUUUAUUUAUUUUUCCUUUUUCUUACCUACCUGCUGUAUUUAGUUGUAAAGUUGUAAACAGUUUGUAGAUAGCAUGUAGAUACACAACGAUAUAAUAGAUACCAAUUCAGCAAGUAUGAGAUUGUCUAGUAUUUACUGUAUGUGACACUUUAGUGAUAACUUUCAGAAUGUCAUCAGUAACAACAUGUUUACAGCAGCCUACGAGGGAAGAA